UCUUCCCUACCACGUUGCCUUUUGUUCUAUAUUGUUAAACCUCCCUAGCUACCACCACCGUUCUUCUCACUAUUUAAAUUCUUAACCUUUCUCCCAACCCUUCUUCUUCACUUAAGCCAUUGCUCUCUUGCAAUGUCAAUGUCAAUGGCCAAAAAUACAAGAGCUUGUUGUCUUCUCCUUCUACGGCUUCUUGCGUUGGCUGCUACGGUCACUGCAGCUAUUGUCAUGGGCACAAGCCAUGAGAUAACCACCUUCUUCAACAUCAAGUUGGAAGCCAAGUUUCAGUACACACCUGCAUUUGUGUUCUUUCUGAUAGUGAAUGCGGUUGGUGGGGUUUACACUCUAUUAGUUCUCUUCAUACCUCGGUUCAAUAAUUCUGUCUCCAGUUUCAUUAUCCUCAUGGAUUUGGUUGUAACAAUGUUCUUAGUGUCUGCCAUAUCAGCAGCGGGAGCUGUAUCCCAAGUGGGAAAGAAGGGAAACGAGCACGCCGGGUGGCUGCCGAUUUGCGGUCAGACGCCGGAGUUUUGUGACCAUGUAAUGGGAGCUCUCAUCAGUGCCUUUGUUGGCGUUCUCAUAUACUUUGUCUUGCUUCUCCACACCAUCUAUUCUAAUAUCUUCAGUCCCCUUCUUACUUGACCCAAAAUUAUACUAGAGAAAUAUGCAUAUUAAAGGCCAUCAUUAGUUUGAAAGAUUAUAUUGGUUUUCAUUAUAAACGAGAAAACUAUUUGUAUUGUUGAUGCAUGAGAAUUUUUUUUUAA